AUGGCACUGCUUAAUGCCUUCUCUGCUUCGGCGCUUUUGUUCGUCGCUGCUGCACUCGUUGCCUCUCUAUUGGCCAAGAUCGUGUACCGCCUCACACUUCACCCUCUCGCUGCCUUUCCUGGACCCAAGUUGGCUGCUAUCACUAACCUGUACGGCGCCUUCUUUGACUUGAGCUCAAGCAGUUCGCCGUAUGUCAAGAUACUGCCAGCUUUCCAUGCUAAAUAUGGACCCAUUGUUCGGGCCUGGCCUAAUCAGCUCCACAUUCAUGAUAUAGAUGCAUACAAUCAGAUAUUCAAAGCUGGCACAAAGUUCUCUAAGGAACGCUCCUUCUACACUAGCUACGUACCUCUCCACGGUUCAUUCUUCCAAGAGCUAGAAACCAAAGACGCUUUGGCCCGCAGAAACCUUUUCAGCACCUACUUCUCUCAAAAAUCCGUACGACGUGCUGAGCCUCUUAUCCAGAAUCUGUCUUCCAAAUUCCUCGAUUUCUUACAAGCAGCGGCGUCGGAUGAUGAAGGGGAGAUCGUGAAUCUCAGCAAGGGUUUCCGGUGCCUGACUUCAGAUGUGAUCAUGAACUUCACGUUCCAUAAGCCGCUGGGCGCCUUGGAAUCACCUGAAUUUGAUUUUCCGAUGACGAGGGCCUUGAGCGAGGCUGUCAAGUAUGGGCAGUGGGUCGCUUACUUCCCCAGCUCGUUCAGGAUGCUAUUCCGGUGGAUAGACAAGCUUCCGUUAUGGUUUCUUGAUAAGUAUAUGGAGCCUUUAGCGCUCACUAAGUGGUGCAUGAGGGUAGCCCGAGAACGCAUACUAGAAUUGAAAGCUCGGCCUACCAAAUCAUCAGACCACCUCCCUACCAUUUUCGACACUGCACUCAAACCUGAUGCGGACAAAGGACAAAUCAAGCCUACUAUCGAUGAGCUCGCAGCAGAUACGCUACUCCUACUGAUCGCAGGCACCGACAGUACCGCUCACGCGCUCACUUUCGCGACAUACAACGUCCUGCAAGACCCCAACAUACUGAGGAAACUGCAAGCGGAACUGCGGAAUGCAAUGCCGAGGAAAGAUAUGCUGCUCGAAUGGGCCGAGUUGGAAAAGCUCCCGUAUCUGCGCGGCAUCAUUAAAGAAACCCUCCGCGCAUCCUCUGGGGCUCCGGGCCGCUUACCCCGUGUCGUUCCCUCUGCAGGAGCUGUCUUCUGUGGACAGCGCAUUGCGCCUGGUACCAUAAUCUCCAGCAGCGCGCAUGUUUACCAUCAUGACCCGAACGUCUUCCCUGACCCCGAGGUCUUUCGUCCCGAGCGUUGGCUGGUUGGCGACAAUGAAUCCACCGAACUGGAGAAGAACAUGAUGCCGUUCCUUAGAGGUUCAAGAAUGUGUCCGGGAAUAAACUUGGCGUACACGGAAUUAUAUCUCACCCUGGGACAUCUUUUCCGCAGAUUCGAGAUGACCGUGCACGGGACAAGCGAGGCGGACAUGGAAUGGACAGACUGCGGCAUAGCGCAAACGAUGGGCGAAUUGAAGGUCAAGCUUAGAGAAGCAAAGGAGUGA